AUGAGUUCCAAUACCACGACCGCCUUCACGACCAAGCUUCGCAAGUUCGACGGCUCAGGCUAUCGCGUCUGGGCGCGCCAACUCCAGCUGUAUCUGGAAGUGAAGGACGUGUGGGGCGCUAGAGAACGGCCGCUGCAUCAACUGGAGCUUCAGCAGAAGCUCGCCAUGACGAUCAUCCUGUCCGCGCUGACGGACGACCAAGCCGCGUUGGUCGCCGAUCUCACGCACCCGCAGGAAAUGCUGCAAGCGCUGCAGAAGACGCGCCGUCAUGUGUGUGAUACGACCACUCGCCUAAUGCUGGCCGAGUUGGAGUGCUACAAGGUGUCGCUGUCCGGCGCAGAGAAGAAGAGCAACUUCUUGCAGAGUCUCGGUCCCGACUGGAACGGCUACAUU